ACUCUGCCCUUAAGAAGGUACUUGGAAGCUGGAUCCAUCUUGACCCUAGUUUUCUCGGAAGCUUCUUGCCCCUUCUUUCCCUUCACCAUCCUCUCGCCUGCGUCACCGCCCCCUCCACCGCCGUCACUGCUGCUGGUGCCUUUGCCUCUGCCACCGCCACCCCUUUUACUUUUCCUUUCCUGUCCUACUCUCGGGUGGCCCGGGGUUGAGCGACGAAGUAUCCGUCUCCUUCUCUCCCGUUUCUGCGGUAUUUGUUCUUCGUAGUGAUAUAAAGAAGGGGUGGGUCGAGCCGGCAAAUCUACAAUCGUACACAAGGUUCAGCGCCGAAGUAUCCGUCUCCUUUUCUCUCGUUUCGGUCAACUCCUCGUCAACCCGUAUUUGCUCUUCGUAGUGAUAUAAAGAAGGGGUGGGUCGAGCCCAUAAAUCUAAAAUCAUACGUAAGAUGAACUGCAGAAAUACAAUGCUAUGAUAGGAUGGAUCCUGAAGGCAAGAAAUUUGGAAGAGGACCUAGAGAACUUACAGGUGCUGUUGAUUUGAUAAACCACUACAAGCUAUCAGGACAUCAUGAUUUCUUUUGCAAAAGAAGUCUUCCUUUGUCAGUUGCGGACACACAUUAUCUUCACAAUGUUGUCGGAGACACAGAAAUUAGAAAGGGAGAAGGCAUGGAGCUGGGUCAACUUUUUCAGGGUGCUCCAUACUUGAGAGAGUCAACCGCUCAGAUACAACCAUUUGACUUGGAAAUACUAGGGCAAGCAUUUCAACUGCGAGAUACAGCCCCUAUUGACUUGCCAAUGUCAGACAAAGGAGUUCCUACAAUUCCUGGGAAAUCGAAAGGAGAUUCUAAGGACAAGGAGAGGAAGCACAGAAAGCACAAGGACAAAGAUAGGGAGAAGGACAAGGAGCAUAAGAAGCGCAAACAUCGCCAUAAAGAUCGGAGUAAAGAUAAAGAUCGAGAGAAAAAGGACAGAAGUGGACAUCAUGAUUCUAGUGGUGAUCAUUCAAAGAAGCAUCAUGAGAAGAAGAGGAAACAUGAUGGUACUGGAGACUCCGUUGAUAAUCACAAGCACAAGAAAAGUAAGGUAGCAGGCAUAAUUAGACUUUUCUCUUUUUGCCAUUUUAGUGUCUUUUUGUUUUUUCAGAUUCAUACAUUUUCCAAUUGAUGUGUUCUGGUUUUCUCCCCUCUUUAAAAGCCAUAUUAAUUUCUGAACUACUUCAGCAUAAGAGUCCAAAGGUUGAAGAAGUGGGAGGGAUUAAAGUUGCAAGCUGAUACAAGUUAAAACACUUCUUGUCUUUCUUCAUUGUCUUACUAUCAAACUUGCUGAUGGAGAAGAUUAAUUCGAAGAUUUCUUAUCUUGCACCAGAAUUCUUUAAGGUAUAUCUGCUUCUUGUUGUCAUGAUGAUGCAACGAGACUAUUCCUUUCUGAUCAGUCAAUUCUCAUAUUUAGUUACGAUGAACUCGUUUGGUUGGUGCCAUGAUUGUACAUUAUGUCCAUCAUCAGAAACCAUAUAUGGCUAGAGAAUAAAUUAGGGCUAGCAGUUUUGUUAGAAUUUUCAUCUUUCACUAGCAUACCCAAAGAAUUAUGUGGUGUGAUGCUGGAAUCAUUUAUAAGUGGUUUUGCAUUCCUGAAUAUGUCUGUAUCUCUUGCCAUUAAAUCAUAUUAUUCUUUUUCACUAUAUUUGAAGUUAAAAGUACAAACAUAAUUUUUUAACUGGCAAUAUGCAUUCCUAUUAGAGUGAAUUAACUUUGUAAAAGUAAUUUAAUUUUGCUAUUUCAGUUAUCAGGUGGAUAGACAAGUUCUUGUUUCAAUCACCUCUCCUAUGACUUUCUUCCCAAUUUACUGCAUCACUCAGCAUGUAUUUUGGAGUUGACAAUUGUACUAGUGAACUCUGUGGUGGCUUGACUCUUUUAUACCUUCAUUUGAAACGAAGUCAAAAGUUACAAUUAAGAUCAUUUUGCUGAGAAACACAUACAUUCUAUCAGACCUUUUAUCCAAAUCCUGAACAAAAUAGCACCCAAAGAUCCCAACCCUUGCCUUCAGGUACCUAAUCACUUGUGUACUGAUUAGGUUCCACAUACUGAUUUGUCUGCUUCUGUAUCCUGAAUUAUUGAGGCAUGUGAUGUGAUUCUUGCCAGAUGUAUACAUUCAAUGUCAUAAAUUGCUAUGAUUUAUAAGUAUCAACCAUAUGAAUACAUCAAAAUCUCCAUUGGACAUUCCUGAUUCAGAUUCUAUACAUACGAAGUCAAAACAACAAAAUCACUGAAAUAAUAAGUUGAGCUAUUAUACUAUCAGGACUGGGGCGUCAAUCCUGUCAUCUCAAAAUUAUUACAAAGGUUCCAAAUCACAGAAUUCUAGUAAUUUACAACUUCUGAAUGUCUAAAAAUGUAAAAUUAAAAAAUAAGUAUUAUAUGCAUUAAAUUAAGGAAAAAUAAGUAGUUUGGGUAGCAGAUAAUGUAUUUUUUAUUUGAUCAAUAGCAUAGAAGUAUUAAACCAAAUUUAAUUUUUGUAUGUCUUGAUCUAGCAAAAUUGGAUGAGGCCACCUAUUUUGAUCAUUUAUUAUCUAGUCUAGAUCAAAAUCUCAUGCAUUAACCUAUUGUGUUAAUUUGAUGAAUACAAAAUAUCCAAAUCAUAUGCAAUAUUGUUUCUAAAUGUUCUUAACAUUGUAGAUCUUAUUAACAUAACUGAUCUGUGAUUUAGAGACCCCAUGAUUUAUUAAGUUGAUAAAACUGGUGGAACCUGAAUUCUCUGUCACAUUCUAGCUCAACUUAAACAAUAAAGCAAUUGAUGAGUUAAGAUGUUUCUGGUUCUCUACCACAAUUGGCUUUGAUUCAACUGAACUUAAAGUUGACAACUUUGGAAGUAUGAGCUAACUUUUUUAAUAUAGUAAGUGCCUUAAGCAAAUGAUGUAUUGUACGUGCCACAAUCAAAUACAAUGAACAAGUCAACAACCCAUACCAUGAAGAGACCAAAACCUGCACUUGUCUUGAAAUGGGCCACGUUUGAAUUACUUGUGGCUAGAACCAAACAGGAUUUAAAAUUUAUAAAUAACUUUGUGAUUUUUUUGGUUCUUUUCCAUCAAAGAUCAUGAUGAUUCUGUAUCUAUAAAUAUUACUAGAUGUUUUACUAAUUACAUUAGAAUUGAUGGUUCCUAACUGGCAUUACUUCAAUUUGAGAUUUAAGAGUGGUCUCCAUGUGAUUAAUCUAGGGGAAACUAGAUACUAACAUAGCUGGAAGACGGCAGAAAAAAAAAAAACCAAAGAGCAGUUUGUACCAUAGAAUGACAUUUCGCUCAGAUCUGUAUGAAAUGGGCGGUAUGUAUUGGUCCGGUUAUCAAUCGGUAUGCGGACCGACCUCGUUUGAAGCGGUCUGGUUCACCCAUAUAAAAAGGAAACUGUCCUAACCCUAAUUGCUUCUCAUGCACGACACAACCUUUGCUUCUCAUGUUGGCCACAACCUUUUCUUCUCGAUACAACCUCAUCGAACACCAUCUCCACACACUGCCUUUGCCCUAAUUUCUUCCCACAAGUACGCCUCUUCCUCCUUCCUAUUCUUUCUCUUACUCCACAAUAUCCUCUUCCUCAAUUGACCCACGUCUGACAGGUAUGCCUCUUCUCCUCUUCCUAUUCCUUCUGCUUCUUCCUCCUCUUCCUCCACCAUCUCGUUUUCUGCCUUCUUCCUUUCUCAUUCCUCCUUCCCCUCUCCUUCCUCUCCUUCCUCUUCUCCUUUUUCUUCCCCUCUGAAAUAUCAGUAUGUACAGGUACAGUGAUACAAACCCAUAUGUACCGGUUCGACCAGAUCACCAAUCACCGAAAUGGGUUUGGUACCCCAAAUGGUGAUCAUUGGUUUGUACACAAUGUUUGUGGUUCACAUGCUCUUGAUAUAUAUAGUAUUCUCAUAUAUGAACCCUAACAAGGUGAAAAGGUACAAGAGACUAAAUUGUCCUCUUGAAUAAUUUCUACUCCAACUAUGAUGCUGCUACUCAAUGCCCCUUGUGCUGUGUUAUUGUCACCAAAAUUUUCUGGGAAUCUUGGAAGAGGCAUGCAAGUCCCUUGGAGGAGUCAAGAACCCAUUAACUCUUUAAUGAGGGUCAAACCUGGAAGCUCUGGCCAUUUGAGCUUUUGAGCACUCUUUAAAUAAGGUAAGGACAAGGCAGCCUUGUUACAUCUCCAGGAUGUGCAAGAGGGAAGUGUGCUGAUAGUGUUGGGGACACAAUUGCAUGGGAUGUGCCUUUGUGUUAUAUGAAGAAGUAGGGUCAUGUUGUCUACUUAAUAACAACUGCUUGCCACUCAAAUCUACAUUGUCCACAAGGUGAUGCAUUAAUGUACACAAUUGCAUGGGAUGUGCUUUCGUGCUAUAUGAAGUUGCAGGGUCAUGUUGUCUACUUCAUAACAACUUGUCCCUCAAAUCUACCUUGUUCACAAGGUGAUGCAUUAAUGUUAUCUUUUGCAGCUGUGAUAAUUGUCAAGCAGGUGGAGGUAGUCUUCCACACCAUUGCAGCAGCCAAGAUAUCUUCAGCUUUUAGCUUGACUUGUCUUCCAAUUGUAAUUAAACUUCAUUAUGAUUUGGAAGUUAAAGAUGCUUAUGACAUGCUUAGAAUGAUAUCAGCAUCCUUUCAUGUGAUCCUAAAGAGGUCCUCAUGGAGUUACGGAGACCUCUCUUCAUAUAGGAGUAUGGCUGUAUAGAUUGACCAUUUGUGGACUCCCAACGUUGGCAAGAGACUUAUGCACUAGGCUGCCCUUUUUUGUAUUGAUAUCUCCACUGAACUAUUCACUCUGAAUUCGUAAUAGAUGUGCUUUCUUCAUUUCUAACAUUCAAUUUGUCAUCCAUUUUCUACCAAGAUGCUGAAGGGUACAAACCGCUUCACCUUGAGCUACAAUUUUUGAAGUACUUCAUGGCUUUUGAGGUUGUGGGUUAAACCGGUUUUGACAACUGAUGUGGUAGGCCAAGAUAGUUUAAAUUUUUGGCCCAGGAUGUGGAAACGGGAAGUGCAUGGUAGGUGUGGGAGAUGUGAUUGCAUGGGAUAUGCAUCGAGUGACUAAUGCAUUCAGUAUUGCUCAGCCAAUUCCAUACAAACUGCAUGCCUACCAUGUCUACAAGGUGGUGUUCAUGUUGUCAUUCAUAGCUGCAAUCAUUGUCAAGCAAGUGGUGGUGUCUUUCUGAUUGUUGGAUUAGCCCUGGUGUCUUUAGCUUUGAACUAAACUUGCAUCCUUGUGUAUAAACUUCCAUUUUUUUUGUCAGUACAAGAUGGCAUAUCUAAACUGAUCAACAAGCCUUGACAAGCUUCAAAUGAUAUUAAUGCCUUCUAGUGGGAUGAAAAAGAUAUUGAACUGUUUAGGUCUUCAAUGUGACCUGCUUUCUUCGUCUUUGACAUUCAAUUUAUUUCCAUCUUAUAUUAGGACACUGAAGUAGUCCCCCUUGAACUUCUAUUUUUGAAGUAAUUCAGGGCUGAAGUUGUGGGUUGAACCAGUGUCAACUAUGGCACUGGUGAGACAACCACUUGAAGAAGUUGAGAACUUUAUGGCAUUGAAAGUUAGGGCUUCUCAAGUUUAGGCAUGUAGGAAAGCUUCAAUAUAUUUUCUUGAUCAGUGUGUUGGUUCUAAGCUGAUAAUUCCUCCUCCAUGUGGCUCUUUGUCAUCUUUAUCAGGCGAGAUUAUUGAAUCAUUGGGCUCGCACUUGUGCCCCAUUAUCCACUUCCAUUGUGGGGAAAAAGAUUAGGGUGUCUCAUCUGUCUGCAACUUAGCUUGUCUAUAAUCAGUGCAUUAGUAAUCAUCGACUUUUAGGCAAAAGACAACCAAUUUUGCUUACCAAAUAUGGUAACUGCUUUUAAUGCUGGCUCGAGACUUCCAACAAAAGAGAUUGCGAGACUAAAUUCAUCUGGAGAUAUAAAAUUGGCUUCAUCUUAGACGUCUGAAAAAGGUCCUUAAAAUGAUAGAUGUUUUUCUGCUACUCUAGCUUUGUUAUAAGCAUCAAGAUGUAUAGUUGGUUUGACUUAGUUCACAAUCUAUCUUUGAGAUCAAUGAAUUGUUCAGUAAAAUUUCUGAUAGUACUCAACAUUUUGCUAGUUCUUAUCUUUUACUUCGGUUCUCAUCUGAAUCAAAUGAUGCAACUCAACAUUCUAAAAUUAUCAUAUGAGAUAGUCUGAUUAUGACAAUCAAGGCUUUAGAAAUUUAUUCCAAUGCUGGCAUGGUGAAAGUAUCCACUUAAGGUAUUAAAAGCUACAUCCUUCAAGUGAAUGGUGACAAGUAGAAUCUUUUAAUCUUCAGGAGUAUCCAUGUAGCUAAAGAUAUGCUCAACUAAGAAAUCAGCUCACGUUUAGUAAAUUUGUAAAAAUCAAAUUUUGUUGUACGAGGGUUAGGCUCAAUUUUUGUGCGUAGUAGUUGCUUGACAGUCUCUUUGGGUGACCAAGAAUCAUGUUGUUGAUGAGGAAAUGAUGCAGGGUUUCACUGUUGUUGUUGCUGAGGUGCACCACUUACCGAUCUUGCAACAAGAGGAUUUUGCCACCGCUCCUACUCUCUGUAGGUCAUAAUAUGUUAUUUAUCAAUAUGAUAUAUGUUUGGCUGUGGUUGAGGUAAGAAACUACUUAAUUAACAAAAGCAAUUUUAUCACUGUAGAAUAUGACCACAAGGUUUAUAAGCACGACUGGCUUCCCCUUGAAACAUACCUGUACAUGUAUGUUAUGUAUGCAUACACAUAUAAAGUCGGACACAGUCAUCUACAGCUGCUGCACUGUUGGUUUUAUUAUUAGGUCUGUAAAAGUAGUGUUGAAGUUAUCCAAUGGUUGCUAUAACAAUGUAAAGGUAAAUCCACCUAUGAGCGAGACCACCACAGGUGGAUUUAAUGAACUGGAUUGAGAAACCACCUGAUUGGUGAGGUUUGCUGGCCAAGGUGUUAUUGUGGUCUCUUGUGGUGGUUUCUAGAUCAGAGGUGUUUCAAUUUCUUCACCUUACACCACAUUGGUUCUAUUGACAACUAGCAUUAUUGUGGUUGUGGAAUGGUGUGCCUUGAUGGAACUUGAGGUGCGGUCUUCUUCCCAAUCACAUAAAGCCUAGAGUGUGGCAUGGCUGUUCCAUAACUGUUGGGAUACAUAUCCCAACAGGUGUUACUCCAACCUGGGAAAUAGUGGCCUCCAAACAAUUAAUCUAAGGGAGCUAGAUGAUGAUGUUAUUUAAAAAUUGCAGAAAAUUGACAGUAAAUCUUUUGAGAGUAGGGAUGGUUAUGGUGUUUGUUCUUUAGGCUCUCUUUAUAUAUAAUAUUCUUGUAUCUAAAACCUAAUACUCCGAAUUAUCAGAGACUGUUUUGGACAUUCAAACUAACUGCUACCAUCGAUUUUUAAUGUUGGCCAAUAUCCCUUUUUCUGAUAUUGUUGUUGAAGUUUUACAAGCCUGGAAUGGGCAUGCGGUCCUGGAGAAGUUGGUAGUCCAUGCAACUCCUUGCAGGGUUAAGACAACUCCUGAUUUGGGAGGCUUGGCCAACUGGCCUUUCAAGCCCUCUUCAGAUAAGGUAAUGCUAAUGCAUCCUUGCUGUUGGCUCAGGAUGCCGGAAACAGAGUUUGUGGGUAGCACAGUUAACACAAAUAUGUUGAUGCCUGUUUUAUGGGAUGCAGAUGCAGGUCUGACUGCCUACUCCUUAAGUGGUUAACUUUUCUGUCUGAGGCAUAGAACUUUCUCUUCUUGGUUGAUCUUGUGAUUAUUAAAAGACAAGUUUGAAGUUUUGAAGUUGGAUGUAAAAGAAAUUUUUGUAUUAGUGCAAUUAUCUGUCAUGAUAAGUUAUUUUGUUCCUCUGCAGUCAUUUGUUUCUAAAUGACAAUUAAUUUGUUAAUUUGGACUACUGGAUGGUUUUCUCUCAAGUAGAUUGCUUGUUUCAUCUGAAGGUGAUAAGUACUUCAUAUGCUAUAUAGAGUAACAUUAUUUGUCUUAAACAGCAGCAAAAGGGAGCAUAGAAGGAUUGAUAACUAGAAUAAAAUAAAAAAUGACAACUGAUAAUAUAGUCCACUAAUUUUUUACAUGUAUUAGUGGAUCAUGUUCAUCGACCUUAAUAUUUUUUGUUCUCACAUAUUUGUAUUCUUACUUUCUUGGUUGUAUAUUUUUCUUUUAAUUGUCUUCAUAUUUGUUUUUGCGAUCUUGGCCAACAUAUUUUUCAGAGGUGCCUAGAAAAUGAAUCAUGUUUCUUAAUCCAGUCCUGUCUGAACUAGAGUGAAACCAUUGGAUAUUAUCAAACCAGUUGUGGGAUUAUCUUGUUGUAAGAAAGCUAAUUUUCUUCUUGUAUACUUCAUAAGAAAUUCUAUCUUCAGUGUCAAACAUUAGAAAUUUGUAACAUUUGUUGAUAUUUCUCUAACUAUUUAUAUUUAUUCACUUCGAAUU